AUGUUGAAGGACGACUGUGACGUCAGCACGAACCGCCGUGACGUGGACGACACCGAGUCGGUGUCCAGCGCCUCCAGCGGCGUCUCGGAUCAGACCCUGUCCCCGGGUCACUCAGCCCCGGUCAGGAGCGGUCAGCGCGGGCGCGCGCUGAGCGUGAACGCCGACCACGGCAGCAAGCAAACUCCGGCCGCGAGAGAGGUGACGCCGAUGGUGGAAUCCCUUGGGAAGGCCACUUUUGAUUCCGGUGAGGUGGGUCCGUUUACGGGCGUCAAGUCUACGUCAACGUCCACGGCGUCACCCGAGAGGGUUGCACACGUCGUGGGUGACCCAGCCGGCAUCGGCACCAGUGGAGAGGAUAACAGGGGUCAAGGUCAAUCCGAGUCAGCCUGGUCGGCCAAAAGUAACUCGUACGAUUACUUGAAAUGUUCGGCGUCAUCCACGGAGCCAAGUGUCGGGGGUUCGUUUCCUUCUUUUCAGCCCGGGGCCGACGCCAGGUCAAAGAGAAACUUGUCACCGGACGAGACGUCCCCGGCGGACAGAGACGAGGAGGAGAAGAGACAAUUUCUCCACCGAGCUUUCCUAUCAGCGGGCACGUCCCCGACCUCUGGCUCCCCCAUCCGAGAGCACCCGCUCCAUCCGCAUGAACUUUCACCCCUGAACUUGAGACUCCACCCGCAUCCCUAUCUAGGCCACGACCUUUCCUCUCAGAUGAGCUACUUCCGGAGAGGCUGCGAGCCCUCCAAAGACAAUCCGG